CUUCGACGAAGGCGGUCGCGGGCGCCGGGGACAAGCCGCAUAUAGGGCGCACCGGAAGUGCUGGUUUUUUAUCGACAGCCACACCCACUUGUUGCGUCGCGUUGCAGUGCGUUUAUGUUUCAGUGUGAGCCAAGUAUCGGAGUUUCAAGACGUAUUGCUCCUGCGAACUGCUUUUGAAUACGCGUUCAACAACAGGCAUGUUUUACUGGAUAUUUUUAUGUGUUUUAGCUCAGCUACUGGCUGUACAUGAUAGUAGGUGAGCCCAAGACUGCUGCUCAGCGGUAGAGGAAAUCACCUGCAAGAAAUGGUGUAAAUUCGGCAAAUUACUUGUAGACAAGUUGGAAGGAACGCGUUGAAGUAUUUUCUGGUACCUGUGCGUCCAGUGUGGUUUGUUCGUGUGAUAGUAGUGACCUUCAUACCUAUUGAUUCUUUAUUUCCCAGUAUUCGCUUGCAAGUUCCGUCAGAUGCGCUCGGCUUAUUAGCAACUCAGUAGUACGUGUGACGUGCCUGUGUGUAGACUGUCAGCUGUCGCUUGACGUUACGAGCCUCUUUACAUGUGAGCAUAAUUAUUUACGCGGGUAGUAGAUUUGAAGUCUGUGAGUAGUUACUAGCGCUGUUGUUUGCACUAGUAACCCGAAACAAGACAUAGCCGAAGAGGAAGUCUCUUGACAAUUGAAUUAGCGCUGCAUCUCUGAAGGACAAUGGACUGUUCUUGCAGUUAAGAGUAACGGUAAACAUUAGAUGAAAAAUUUUGCUGCUCUUGAGGGGAAGUUGUAACGGUGUGCAGCUGGGUGACACCAUACCGUUGGAGUGAUGCCUUUUCCGCGUACGCUGUGCAAAAGAGUGUUCUCUCAUAAUGGAACUGCGGCAAACUGAGGAUUGCGGACGACAUCUUUAAUGACAAUGGCACACGAUGACCAGACGAGAGACCCGGAUGAGCGAGGGAACAAGUUUUCGAGGGCCGACGCGUUCUCGCUGUCCUCGUUCGGCUCCAACAGCAGUGAGGAGGGCAGCCUGGUGACAGAUGGGGAAGACGAGGAGGACAAGAGCGGACACGUCAACCUGGUGAUGAGCGAGCUGCUCAACCAGCCGCCGCCCUCCAGCGUCAACAUCACCAACUCGUCGGACGUCCAAAUCGGUCCGAGCCUCCACUACAAUGGCCCCGUCACCAUUAACCAGUUCCUCAACUUGCAGCAGCAGGGUGCGCUUGGAGCCGAAGACACUCCUCUUCCGCUGGAUGGAACAGGGAAAGGCGUUCUGACUGGCGUCGCAUCCUCGGGAAUCGGCGGCAGCGCAGAAGCGAGCAAGCGGUCUGGCGGCGAUGGCGCUGGGGGCAGAGGUGCGCUCUGGUGGCGGCGUCCGAAAGUGCUUGCGGCAGCAGGAGCGUUCGUAGUGUUCGUGGCCGGCGCCGCGACGGCCAUGGCGCUGCUGUGGCCCUCCUCGAGAGUUGGGUCGGGCACCUCCACUGCCAUCACCUCCAGUCGGGACGCUACGGCGUCCCAGAGGAACUACGUUAUCCCCACAGUGCCUCCGCCGAACCCGGAACUGGUGCUGAAGAACGGACAGCGUAUCGUUCCCAGGUCCCUGUGGAGCAGUGGCGUGCCGCCCAAUUUCAGAAUCCCUCUGCACCAUCCGAUACCGUAUGUGGUCGUCGGACACACGGCGGGCUUUGCCUGCAAAGGCGAAGAGGAGUGCUUCGUCCAACUGCGAGCAUACCGCGACGAGCACUACUCCAAGUGGAAGCAGCCCGACAUCUCGUACAACUUCCUCAUAGACGUGGAGGGCAACAUCUACGAGGGCCGCGGCUGGGGCGCCACCAACAACUACGACAGGGAGUGGGUGCUGCGCUGCAACCUGGCCGUCACCUUCAUGGGCAACUUCGUGCACCACAACGCGACGGAGGCGAUGGCGCGCUCGCUGCAGCUGCUGCUGGAGCUGGGCGUGUCUCUGGGCAAGCUGGACAGCGAGUACCGGCUGCUGGCGCACAAUCAGGUGGCCAGCACUCUGAGCCCGGGGCGCAACGUGCUCAAGCUCAUCGAGUCCUGGCCGCACCGCUGCUUGAAGCUCUGCAGCGCCGGUAUGCAGUGCAUCCGAGCAAACUCGACGGAAGUCAGCACGACAGCAUUGAGCACCAUCGAAAGUGGGGAAAGUUGAACUGCGGCAAGUUAAUGUGCACUGGAAGUAGCACUUCUGUGGUACCAGACCUUUUUCUCGAAUUCUGCGUGCCGCACUUUUUCAGGAGUUGUAAGUGAACCUCUAAGAACGGCCUGAUUGGUGAACCUCACAUUCGACACAGUAUUUCACUAAUACCGUGAUUUAUUCAGCAUAGUGGCAGUACACUGACUGAAAUAGUUUAUGACCUGUCCACGCCUACUCAGAGCCAGUCCCAAAACUGAACAAGGUAAUUUCAUCAAAACGUCCAGGGAGCCAAAGCCAAGACCUUACACUCAAUACUGAAGGCCUCCACUGUAGUAACAGGGUACGCAUCCAAUAUACAGGUAUCGGCAAGUUCGCACGAUCACUGCAGGCGUUGACACUAUCAGCUUGAUGAUCUGAAGUGAUGUAACGGAGCCUACCUCUGCCAUGCACCGUAGUUGAGGCCACCGACAGGGGUACUGGAACCGCGUCCUAACGCCUACUGCGGUAUCUGUCAGUGAAUGUGCUUUGUCUGUGUCGUUAUACGAGUCACUUUUGGGCCCUGACAUACGAAUCGUGAACUGCUGGGAAGUGGAGGGAAAGAGGAGAAAGUCUGAAUAUCGAACGAGAAGAUGUCGUUCGAACAUGAUCAACAGCACAACGCACUUGCCUUGGUAUUUAGCACAAAUUCAGCAAUAUCAGAGUAUGGUGUCACGUUAUAAAUAUACUCUUCAUGAUUGCAAAGCUUCGAGCAAAUCUUAAAGCACGAGAAACAAAUUGCGUAGAAAAAUGGAUGUGCUUCACAACUGGUUUUUAUCUUAUCGUGAGGAAGAUACUUUCACUUGCAUUUCCUUUUUUCAAUAAAUGUCUUUUUUCCAUUUUUUAAAAAAGGACUAUGGAUUUUAUUUAAAUAUAGCUUUUGUUGGGAAAUUAUGUUGGUUAUGGCUCAUUUUGCUUCCUAGUCUGACAUGCUGCGAAUAAAAUUUCUACUGGAUGAUGGCUCAGGUGAGCAGGAAAUAGACUGAACUUAUUUGAAAAACUAUUUAGGGACACAUCAAAAUUACAUGUCCUGCAAAAAAAAAAAAAAAAAAAGUCUGAGGCUAUGGGCUAUAUUUUUGGAAGCAUGCCCGUGGCUCCAUAGACAUUUAGGAAUACCUGAAGUGCACUAAGAAGUGUUAUGCUGUACUGAGAAUGAAGCAAAAAGCUUUUUGAGCAUUUCUUUACUGUGAAUGGAAAGUAGACAAUUGUAUUCUUUUACAAUAAUUUAUAAACAAGAAGUUAAUUCGUUAACUGUAAAUAUUUCGCUUCGUUGUUCUUAAAACGACAAAAGUUGGUACAUUUGAAAGAAACAGUCUAAGUAGUUUUUAACAGCCUAAAAUGUGAAAACAUAUGUUCCUAAGCACGGAUAGUAACCUACAAUGUUAUUGUUUCUUUCCUUAUUCAUUGUUCACCCUUGCAGCGUCGAGAAGGUUAUUUUAAUACCUUCAAACCUCAGCAGCGUAAGAAAAAGCAAUUUUUCAAGGUACGAAAUGUUGGCUAUUGAGAGCUCUUUUCGACGAAGCUAAUUUUGUACCAUAUUCUCACUGAAAAUGGUGACGAUGACUUCCUUGCCUUCAGGUAGCACGAGAAUGUAUACAAUGUGUGGUUCACCAUUCAGUUCCUUUGUCUAAAUUUCGCACACACUGUUUCCUAUCAAAAAUGGCUAGCAACACGUAUGUGUGAGACAGACGCUCUAUUUAGUGACUCUGCAUUGCUUUGUCUGUGAUAUUAAUUGAUAGUAAGCUGCAUAAGUUUUGAAAAUAAUGACACAGUGGAGAAGAGAUAUGGAAAAAUAAACUCUCGCGAAAAGAGGUAGGCAAAUUUUAUUUCUUGUCUGGGAAUUACGAGCUUACGUGUGGCAGUGGCACUAAUGUGAGACUAAUGUGCAUCUGAUUUCAAACUGUGACUGUGUUAGAGCAUCAAUAGUGUGAAAGUUCGUCGCUGUGGUGUGUAUUGUGCAUGAGCAAGAAGCGUAGGACAAUCAGAACUGGGCUAAGAAGAAGGAGCCGUCUCUCAGCAGCUUCUUCUCUUUCGUUCACACUAUACUCCUGUCUCACCUUUGAUAUAUUUCUUGUGUGAUCUCUGUAGCGUACAAAAACGUUCGAAAAGUGUGAACAGUCUGAUUUGAAAGUUGUAUCACAUUACAGUCAUUAAAAUUUUCUCCAGUUAAUAAUCAUUCAUAAAUACGGGCGUUUAUUAAAUAACUUCUGUAAGAUUAUAUUUCUCAGAUGUUUGUAAAAAACCGAAAACUGCAAAUGGACAGGUAUUCCUUUCCCAUUGGAAUCCUCCAUUGUACUUAUAAUCAAGGAAGAAGUUCAAAAAGAGUGUCGAACUGUAAUGACUUACUUGUGACUGAAAUUUAUUCAAAAUAAACAAAUCAAUAAAACCAAAGUUUAUAAUUGCAUAGGCA